CAUUCCUGUCCGGGAAGCUUUGCCUUUUCCUUCUGAGCCCAGAAGCCGGUGCCUUCCGCCGUGCAGCCGCCGCUCUUUGCAGGAUGAAGAUCUGGAGCUCGGAACACGAAUUCGGGCAUUCAUGGGAUACUGUAAUAAAAGCUGCAAUGAGAAAAUACCCCAAUCCUAUGAACCCAUCAGUGGUAGGAGUUGAUGUCCUGGACCGAAGCCUUGAUAAUCAAGGAAGAUUACAUAGUCAUCGAUUACUUAGUACAGAAUGGGGUCUACCAAAUAUUGUAAAAGCUAUUUUGGGAACAAAUAGAACUGUUACGUACAUUAAAGAACAUUCAGUAGUUGAUCCAGUGGAAAAGAAAAUGGUAUUGAGUUCCACAAAUAUAACGCUUACAAAUCUUGUAUCAGUGGAUGAACGAUUAGUUUAUACACCUCAUCCUGAAAAUCCUGAAAAGACUCUUCUAACUCAAGAAGCAAUUAUUACAGUAAAAGGUGUUAGUCUCAGUAGUUAUCUGGAAACUUUAAUGGCCAAUACAAUAUCCUCCAAUGCUAGAAAGGGGCGUGAAGCUUUAGAAUGGGUGAUUGGUGAACUAACUUCAACGCGAGACAGUAUGAAAUCAACAAUGGCAGCUGCUUCAAUGGAAGAUUGAUGAACUGUCACAAUCUUUAUUUUUCCAUUUAAUUUUUCAUUAUUGUUGCUGAGGCAAAUACUCCUUAUUUUUUUGAUAUACAUAUAUAGGCAGGCAGGCAGGCAGAGAGAAUGAGUUUGUUAAUUUAUAAUCAGUUUUACAGGACACUUUUUUUCCUUAACACUGAAGCAUUUGGGGGACCCACCGCAUAAUAAUUAAGCUUAUUUUUAUGUUUUUGUAUGGAUUCAAGAUAUAAUUACAUAAUUCCCCUCAGGACAGUGACCUCAAAGUCAAGGUAUUUGCAUGGAUUUCAAACUGAAAGAAUGGUUGAAGAUUAGUCUACAUAAAUACCAAGCUGUGUUUUGAUAAAAAGAGCUAUGUGAGUACACUUUUGAAUGUGCUGCUUUUUGCUGCUUGAAUCUUAGCAUUUAUUUUUUUAAGUAGUUGUAGUUCUUUGGUGAAGUACACAGAUACCAAAAAUAGGGAGAUUCUGUCAACCUGUUGUAGCUAUUUAUUUGAGGGGGUGGGGGUGGAAUGCAGUCCAAAAUAAUGUUUUUCAAAUUUGAACAACUUUAAGAUAUGUAUACUUCAAUUCCCAGAAUUCUGGGAGUUGAAGUCCACAUAUCUUAGUUAUCAAGUUUGAAAAACAUUGAUCCAGAAGAGAUAUACUGUACAGGCAUGUUCUGAUUAAUCUCCUUAAUUUUGCAGCAUGGCCUCUUGUUUUAAAGAAGCCUGUUUGGAGAAUAUACCAAGCAGUGCUCCUUGGCGAGUUACAUUGUUUGUUUCAGGUUUCUGUGGUAUUAUUUUUGCACUGUUUGUAGAGGGCUGAACAAGAAAUGCCAACAAUUUACCUCUUUAUUUAUAUUCAAAGCACUGCUAAAGUAGGGAAGCAGAUAUUUUGCUACAAGAUAGUAAUCUGAAUAUUUUCUUGCCAGCUGAUAUAUAGUGCAUUAUUUAUUUUGAAAUGGAUUUGUUCUAAUCAUUUGUGAAAAGCCAACUAAUACCUCAGAGGGAAAUACUAGAAAUAAAAAGCCGGUACAUAUAUUUUCAUACACUUAGGAUAACUUGCUUGUUUAGGUUAUUAUUUCACAUUAUGGAUUAGAAGGUUGCAAAAAGGUUUUCUAUACCAGUCUGUAUUUCACAUCCUGCUUUAAGAAUUGGGUUUAUCCUGUCCUUAGAACUGUAUUUUUGACAUGUUGUGAAACUCAAGUUAUUGCUCUUUGGAGCCAAUAACCUUCAUAAAGUUAGUUCAAAUAUUGGUUCCAAAUUUCUAAUACAAAUUAGAAUUGCGUGGCUCAGUGGCUAAGACGCUGAGCUUGUCGAUCAGAAAGGUUGGCAGUUCAGCAGUUCGAAUCCCUAGUAUAGG